AUGUCUGUUGCAGCACCUCCGCCGCGGAUCCGGUCCAUCGCACCGCUCGCACCCCAAAUGCCUCGAAGGCAGUCAUGUGACCGUUGCCACGAGCAAAAGGUUCGAUGCUUCACCGACCCCAACGACAGUAUGUUCGGCCCUAGGGGCUCUGUCGACAGCGAUGCCGGCUUGGGUGGCCAGCAUGCUCCUUCAUCUCCCUGUGUGAGGUGCAAGAAGGCCGGUGCCAUGUGCAUAUACAGCCCGGGCGCGGAGAACGUCGAGAAGCUCGUGCGGCUCAUCCAGGUCACCAACACUUCCGCUCUCCCCGUCGCCGCCCUUGACCGGCGUGCCAUGACUCCUCUUCUUUCGCCCGUUGCCAUUACGCCGCACGGUGACCACAACAGCCACAACAACACAAACGGGCUUGAGCGACAACAUCACCACCCAGUCUCUGAGCAAUGGCUGAUGUCGUCGUUUGGGGUGGACGGAGCCACCUUCUCGAACAACAUGGGCCAGCUGUCGCCGUAUUCACAGCCCACAUCGACCCCAGCCGUUCCCUUCUUUUCGACACCAACCACUGCUCCCGCAGCAGAUAAUGUAAUGCCGGAGUAUUCAUGGAUGUACUCGGACCCCAGUGACACGUAUCCAGAAGAGCUGGCCGAGAUAAACCUCCGCAUCCAUCGCGCUGCGCGCACUCUACCCCCUAUGAACAGGUCUCUGCCAUCUCUUUCGUCGCCCUCGGUCAAUGAGAUAUUCGAUGCCGCCUGCUCCUUGAUCAACGUGGUUGGCAGGUACACCACCACGAGGUCCAUGUCGCUGCAGAAGCGACCGGAAAACGCCCUCGGCAUACACGUACACCCCAACCAAGAGGGUGCUAACUUUGAACAACCCCCGAUGGCCAUGUCGAUUGCAGUCCACAGCGCCAUGGACACCUCUGUCUGCCUCGUGGUUCUUGCCUGCUACCAGGGCCUACUAGGCGUGUUUGAGGAGAUAUGCACCUCGUUCCUCCACUACACCGAGGACUCGCACAACCCCACGUCUCCCAGGACAGCAUCGGCUUCGACCUUUGCUUCGUCGUCGACGACCCAGGUCGUCGUCAUGGUGAACCUGAUCAGCCAUCUGCUCAACCAAUUGCAUCGAGCAGUCGGCUCGCUCGCCGGGAGUCUUGCUCUCCCGACGGCUCGGAGACUGGAACAGGCGGCCAUGUCAAUGCCGGCGCUGUCGCCAACCUCGUCUUGGUCCGACCAUUCGGAAAUUGGGGACGACGUGUUGAACCUUCCCGGCGAGUACGAGGCGCCGAGUUUCCACUUCAACGGGCACGAUAGGCAGUCCGACAAACGCCAGAAGACGACUGCCAUCCUGUUCGACCAAAUGGAGCAGAGGCAGCUCACGGUGCGAGCCCAAGUAAAGCUCAUCAAGCGGCUCAUCAGACAGUCGAAUGUAUUAUGA